AUGAUAAUGCUGUGUAGAGCUCUGUUGACGGCGCUCGCCAUCUCAUAUCUAAUAUGUGUACUGUGGUUGAGUGGAUUGCAAAAGGAGGACCUGGACGUAAACAUACUGAGGAAACUGCAGCGGCAUAAUGUAAACAUCGAUGAUAAGAAUCCAGACGAUUUGAAACAAGAUUGCUUAAACACAGAUACGAGAAGAGACAACAAGAAAGAAGAGAAAAAUAUUACCGAUGAAGAUACUAUGACAACAACAUCAACGUUUGAAACUGAAACUGUAAUAAAUAAAAAGUAUGACGAAUCAGAAUUAAAAAACGAUCUGUCAACUAUAUUAGACAAUAUUAUGGAUAAACAAAAGCAAAAGGCUCAAGAAAAAGACUCCAUUGUUAUCGGGGAAAAUCUCGAAAUAGGUCAAUCACCCCGGUUGGAAAAUAUCAGUGACAAUGAAAAUUCGAGGAGUACUGCUGAAUUCCAAAUUGAAGAAACACAUCUGGACAACGAUAAGUCAAAACUAGAAAACGUUAUUAACUUCUGGAAAAAAAUGGCAAAUCCAAACACUAAAAACUAUAACAUUGCUGUGACAAAAAGGACAAAGAUGACGAAGAAAAGAUCUAAAAAGAAGACGAUUACGAAAACUACAUCUAAUGAAGCGAUUUCUAAAGAGGCUGAACAUCUUAAUAAAUUAUUAGCAACGUAUUUCAAUAAAAACACGAACUCCCCCACAACACAAUCUUCGAUUAUAUCAUCUGCCGAUUUAAGUAAUUUACGCAAGCUCACUAAACAGUUUGAAAAUUUCUUCAAGUUGAUGUCUCAAAAUAAAAUAAUUCACAAUAAUAAUGAGAAGACUGUAAUGGCUAACUUAACCGAGAAUUACGAUUCAGUUAAAGAUAACAACGUCAACUUUAAUAAUAAUAACAUGCCGCAACAAGCUUUUAUAAUGCGAGCGAGCAAAAAAAAGUUUGUCGAUAACGAUUCAAAGAAACAUUCCAUAAGUGAUAUCAGUGGCCUACUACUUUUUAAUGAUCAACUUAAAAGAUCAUUUACACUACCAAAUAAUACAUUUUCACCUCCGUAUCUAAUGCCAAUAAUUGGACAAUUAAAUAAUAAUCAACAAUUUUAUACAACACCCGAGUCGGAAAUUCCCACUACAAACCAACCGAUAACAAUUGUAAAAGAUAAAAUUAGACCGCAAGAAAUAAAUGUAUUCCCCAAAGAUGUAAUCGAAAAGAUAGCUGAGAACGUGAAAGAAAAAGUUUUGGAAGAUUUAAGAAAAGAAACAGCUUCGACGACAUCGCAAUACACAACCACGAGCACUGUCACUACAACUACAGCAGCCACUUCGCUGAACAACGUCAAAACAACAAAAACAGAUUUAGUUAUUAAUGGAAAACCAUUCGAAAAUAAAACUGAAGACGCAAAUUUAAUAUUGAAAACCAUUACUGAACUGUUCAAAGAGUUCAAAGCUUUCAAACAGAUGUCAAUAUCAACAACACCACAUCCAAAUGAGAAAUUUGAAGCAAAUAAGCUACCCACACAAAUUGUGAACACACAUAUCAUAAAGAAACAAACUGAACCCAAAAUUUCAUACCAAUCAGUUGUGCCACAAAAUAUUGUACAAAUGUAUGCGACCGCGGAUAGUAAGAAAAACAUAAGACUGAACAUCCCUAUGCAGCCACAAAUCAACACGAUGAAACACUCGGCCAUAAUACAAACUAAUUCAGGAGAGAUACCACCGUUAAGUAUUCCUGUAUCAAAUCCACUGAAGUUAAUACACCAGAACAUUGUGGUUACAACUGCACGACAUCCAGUCCAAACAGUACAGUCUAAAGAGCCAUGGAUAAUUAAUAGUUACAAGUCCAAUGACAGACAUUCGAAUCAUUCACAAUACAGAUAUAUUCCGUCACAUCAUUUAAUACAUAACUCUAUUGAACAACAACCGAAUCAUCUAAAGCACAGUCCUCUUAUCUCUCACGGAGAAUUAAAUCGUUCACAAUACAAUCACAAUUCCUUUCAUCGGGAUAACGAUCGUUUGCAAUAUUUAUCUGAUCAAUCUCAUCAUUAUACAGACCAUACAAGGUAUAAUUCUAAUCCGUCACAUCCAGAUUCCACCCGUUUACGAUAUGAUUCCGAUCACUUGAAAUUGAACCCUAUCACUUCUAAAUACGAUCUGAGAUUCUCCAAUUACAAUACAGGUGCUCCUAUGUUCAAACGACCCACAAGUAACGAACGUUACAAUAUAAGGAACGAGAUGGCGAGACAUAUAGAUCAAAAGAGCGAUGAUAAAUUAGCAAUCAUUAACCGAUCGAGCGAUUAUCGUUCAAAUAUACAACCAACAUUAGAAGACUUUUAUGAAAGUAAUAUUCGUGAUUUGAAUAAAAGUCAAUAUAAAAAUAUAAGCAGUGAUAUUUAUCGACAUCCUGUCAUAAAAGGAUUCCAUGAAAGAUUGGAAAGGGUGGAUAACUGGCAAGGUGAGGAUACGUCGAAAUGUUGUGAAGAUUUGGCUUUGGCAUCGAGGCAACAAUUAGCACUCAACACUAUGAAAACCAAUUACGACGACACACACUUCAAGGACUUUUUAAAAACACAACAGCGUGUUAACGACAUGCUGGAGAAAAUACUGUCAUCUAAAACGUCUGAACCUCGCAGUGUUGAAAUUAUCUAG